AUGCAGUGCACUAAUCAUCGUAUCCCUUAUGAGCUAUGGCGUCUCCGUGUCUUCCAUGAGAUAUUCGGCCCUUCCUACAUAUCCCAAUCCUCGCGCCACUUCUCAACCUCUAAGCCAUGCCAGGACGAGCCCAAGUCACAGGAUGAAUCCCCGAUUCCUCCAUCUCAGCGCCUACCACAAUCGCCUCUCAUAACACACCCGCGCCCAGGCCCAGGGAAAAAUCUCGGCCGCAAAUUACCGCCCACCAUCGAUGGUCCCGAGCCUCUAGCAAAGAAUCCAUGGGCGCAAGCUCUGGCGUCACCGUUGCGAACAUGCACGGUAUCAGGCGCAAGAUUACCACGCGAUUUGAUGGGAGACUGGGGUCUAGUACGACGACCACAAUCAGAUGACCUAUACCUACUACCGGUGGAUUAUCUGAAAGAAUCUCUUCAGAAAAUCUCGAAGAAUAAGGGCGAACGGGAAGCCGAUGGGAAGAUGGACGAUGCCAUCAAGACAAGAAAGAGUAGUACACGCCGCCAACUAGUCUUCAAGAUGUUCAAUGCUAUUCCGUUCCUUCGUCUCAUGAUUAAACCUUUGGGGAAGCCGGGUGGUAAGAAACCACAUGUUUCAAGGUUAAUUCCCUUCCGGUGGAGACACCCGCAGGGACCUAUCACCCAGCGCGAGGAAAAGCAACUCGUAUGGAUGGACGAUAUGCCGCAGUACUUGCUACGACAUAUGAGAAGUGAUCUCAGCAAGCGCCUUGUAAGGGCUUGUCUGCAGGCUAAUACUCUUGGUGCUGCGAAUGGUGUUUGGAGCGUCAUUGAUAUGCAGGGUUAUUCGACAUCGGCUCUCUUGCAGGGAUUGCAAGGGCUUCGGCCAGUGACAAACAUGGAAUGUGGUGCCGUUAUUCUUCUAGGUGAAGAACAAGUGGAAGGUGACACUGGAGUCGCUGGAACUGAGUCUUUCCCGGAGUCUGUGACUAUCCCUCAGAUUGAGAGAGGCGCCCCGGUGUUCGAUCUAUCAGUGCUUUUGUCUACUUCAGAGUUGGCUGAGCUGCGUCAGUCAGUCCCUCAUUUCCAGAACUCAGCUCUCUUCUUCAGGCCGAAUAACAAGGCUGUGAUGGAUUUGAUGUUGUCUUUGUGGAAAUUAAAGCAGUACUUGGUUGAAGAUCCGGCGCUCGAAGGAGCUAAUCUCAAAUAA